UCCGAAUGGGUGGAGGUGGAGCAUAGUAACAUCCAUCUUAUUUUUUAGGUGGGGUUGGAGCCUUUGAGGUAUAAUAAUAAUAACAUACUUUAUCUCUCUAUCUUGGCUUCUUCCACCUCACAGGCUCACACUCACUCAAACAUGGCCUGCUGCUCAGCUCCAUCUGCUUCUCUCUUAUCUUCAAACCCUAACAUCCUCUUCUCUCCCAAAUUAUCUUCUCCACCACAUCUUUCUUCUCUCUCCAUCCCCAAUGCCUCCAAUUCUCUCCCUAAACUACGCACUUCUCUCCCCCUUUCCCUCAAUCGCUUCACUUCUUCUCGCCGCAGUUUCGUCGUUAGAGCUUCUAGCGAACUACCAUUAGUUGGGAAUGCAGCACCAGAUUUUGAAGCCGAGGCUGUUUUUGAUCAGGAGUUUAUCAAGGUCAAACUAUCUGAAUAUAUUGGGAAAAAAUAUGUUAUCCUCUUUUUUUACCCAUUGGACUUCACAUUUGUUUGUCCCACAGAAAUCACUGCUUUCAGUGACCGCCAUGCAGAAUUUGCGGAACUUAAUACAGAGAUAUUGGGUGUUUCAGUUGACAGUGUGUUCUCGCACCUUGCAUGGGUUCAAACUGACAGAAAGUCCGGUGGUCUCGGCGACUUGAACUAUCCUUUGGUUUCUGAUGUCACCAAAUCCAUAUCAAAAUCUUAUGGUGUUCUGAUUCCUGAUCAGGGGAUAGCAUUGAGAGGAUUGUUCAUUAUUGACAAGGAAGGGGUUAUCCAACAUUCUACCAUCAACAACCUCGGAAUUGGUAGAAGUGUUGAUGAGACAAAGAGAACUCUCCAGGCCUUGCAGUAUGUGCAGGAGAACCCUGAUGAAGUUUGCCCUGCUGGGUGGAAGCCUGGUGAGAAGUCCAUGAAACCAGACCCUAAACUUAGCAAAGAGUACUUUUCUGCAGUGUAGGGUGGCGAAUAGUAGCACUUAAGAGUAUUAACUGCUCAUCUGUAUCGAUUGGGGAUGUAAAAGGUUUUCGUUUUAUGUAAUUCAAGCCAUUUUAAGUUAUGAGGCGCUAAAGUGUUGUUAUAAAAGCAUGUUGGUGUACACCUUGAUUUUGGAGUGAAUUAUGUAUUAAUAUUCCAAUUCUUCUGUUCUUAUCUGUAUAUCAUGAAUGUGUACGAAUAAUACUUUCAUUUAUAAUGGAACUUUAAGCAGUCCUUGUUCUUUGAUUUAAA